AUGAAGCCUCUCGUCAUUGUCCUUGUCUUGCUCUCCCGUGUGGACCCAGCUCUGGCAGGCUUGAAUCCACUGUCAUCAGAAAUGCACCAGAAAUGCUACGGGAAUGGUAUCUGUAGACUUGAGUGCUCUACAAGUGAAAUGUUAGUUGCCUACUGUAUGUUUCAGCUGGAGUGCUGUGUCAAAGGAAACCCUGAGACCUGA